AUCAUCUAAGCUUUAUUUUCUGCUUCAAGUAGGCUUUCAUCAACAUCAAUGGAGUUUCAACUCCUUGGAAUCUUCUCACUUCUUUCUGUGGCUGUUGUUGCAUGCCAUGCAGCUUUAUCACCUGAGGCUUAUUGGAAAUCUGUGAUUCCAAACACCCCCAUGCCAGGAGCAGUCAAAGAUUCCUUAUCUUCAGCAGAGUGGGUAGAGAACAAAGGGACGGCAGUGGGCGUUGGGAAGGGCGGCGUCAUCGUCGGCGGCAACUACCACGGCAAGCCAGUCUUCGUCGGCGUCACGCCCAGCCCGAAUCCCUUCAACUACAUCUACGCCGCGACGGAGGAUCAGCUCCACGACGACCCCAACGUGGCCCUUUUCUUCAAGAGGAAUGACUUGCAGCAAGGCAACCAGAUGAAAUUGCACUUCACGAAAACCAGUAACGCCGCCACUCUCCUCCCGCGCUCGGCCGCCGGAAAAAUCCCAUUUUCCGCCGUGAAACUCCCCCAGAUUCUCUCCCGUUUCUCUCUGUCCCCGGACUCGAAAGAAGCCCGGGUCAUGAAGAAAACCCUCAAAGAAUGCGAGGCGCCGGCAAUGAUGGGAGAAGAGAAGCUCUGCGCUACUUCAAUGGAAUCAAUGGUGGAUUUCAGCGUAUCUCAGCUGGGCAAAAACGUUAAGGCAAUUUCAACUGAGGGCGGGAGGACAAGGGAAGUGCAGAAAUACGCAAUCUCAAGGUCCAAAAGCAUGGGAAAAGAUGGCAAAGCUGUGGUGUGCCACAAGCAGAGCUAUCCCUACGCAGUUUUCUACUGCCACAAGACACAAAGCACAGAGGUGUACGAGGUUUCUCUGGUCGGAGCCGACGGCGCAAAGGUUAAAGCUGUAGCGGUUUGCCACAAGGAUACUUCUGCCUGGAACCCUAACCACUUGGCCUUCCAAGUGCUUAAGGUUAAACCUGGAACUGUCCCUGUCUGCCAUUUCCUCCCAGAGGACCACGUCGUCUGGGUUAAUUAAUUUCUUUCUUUA